UAGAUAUAACUGAGAACAUUUACAUAAGCAAUAAUCUGAGUAGUUAUAAUUAAUUUUAUUUGUAACGAUGAAUUAAGAGUGCAGCGAUCAGCGAGCAUCGUGCGCUAUGGAUAAUGUGUCAGAGUGUGUGGCCGAGAAGGACAAGUGCUCGUGUGAGACAGAGCCCACACUGGCCGUACUGCGUGAUGUGCACCGAGCCUACGAGGACAAGAUGGAGCUCAUCUCGAGGAGCCAGGCUCCGGAUAAACUAGAGAAGCAAAUACAGCUGCUGCAGUCGUGGGUGGGAGACCUGGUGGCGCAGAAUACCCUGCUAGCCAGAACCGUGGAGGAGCUGGAGUCAGAACUCACCAACAAGAUCCACAGCGAGAGGCGUAAAUUUACUGAGCAAGAGAGACACAAGAAAAUAUGUAACAAAAUUAACGAGCUCAAGAUUAACAUUGAUUCGUUGCAAAAAGAAAAUCUUACGAAAGAAAGGGACAUCCGGAGGCUCAACAAGGACAUACAGCAGUAUGAACAAACUAUUGUUAAUCUGAAGAGCAAUCUGUCUUUUUGUAAAUGUCAUAAACCUAACGUUAGCAAAAAAGACGCUCAAGUGAUGACGGAUAUCUACUGCGCCGGAUCUACUAGAGAGCAACGGGGUGACGAAGAGCCAUUGAAAGAGUUCAGCGCGAGCCUGCGCAACGAUCGCUCUGAGUACCAGGAGAGCAUCCAGCACAAUAUGGAGUGCAGCGGGGAGAGCGCGCGCGCCGUGCGAGAGGUGAACGUGACGCUGCAGAGGGAGAUCCACGUGCUGCACCAGGUGUGCGCAGCGCUGGACGAGCAGUGCAGGGUGGCUGCGCUGCGAGCACAGUUCAAGGACGAGAUCAUUCGCGAGAUGCGGCGGCAGUUGCGCCAGGCCAAGGUUAAGUUGGAAGCAUCCGGGAACAAGGCGAGUGGACAGCAGGAGCAGCACAGAGAGGCAGAGGAGGUCCCAAACACUCGGUCGCUGGACUCUCUGACCAUUUGCUGCGUGAGGCAGCAGCCACGGCGCCAGCGACACGCCGCGUCCGUCUCCCGCCAUCCCGACCAGCCCGGGGACGACAGCGCCGGUGCAAACGGUUCUGGGGACGCAACCAGCAAAGGACAGUGA